AAAAAGGCUGGCAUGGUUGCGGGGGAAGGAGGAUAGAGCUAGUGUUCUAGAAUUUCUGAGAGUCCGAGCUACGCUACAAGUGUUGUUGGAGAAGGAAAAUCUUUUUUGGAAGCAGCGAGCCAAAGAGUUCUGGCUUCGAGAGGGGGACAUAAAUUCUCGUUUUUUCCAUAAUGCUGUCAAACAGAGAAGAAGGAGAAAUAAAAUGACUGGUAUCCGGAAAGCGGAUGGGUCGUGGAUUACGGACAGGGGUGAGCUGGGGGCAUCUGUCUUGGAUUAUUUUUUAUCUCUUUUUCAGGCUCCGGGGAGAACCAGCACCAGAGAUAUUCGUGGAGAUUUUGUUCAAGUUACGAAUGAACAAAAUAAUAUGUUGACUAGGCCUAUUAGUCCAGAGGAAGUUAAGGCGGCAAUUUUUGACAUGCACCCGGAGAAGGCGCCGGGGUCAGAUGGCAUGAAUCCAGCUUUCUUUCAGGCAUAUUGGGAUAUUGUGGGCCCGGAGAUUUCAGCUUUAUGUGCCACUAUGUUUGAGACAGGUAAGUUGGCGGAUAACAUUAAUAUUACGAAUAUUGUUCUCAUUCCUAAAAAAGAGAAACCGGAGGACAUGGGCGACUGGAGACCAAUUGCGUUGUGCAAUGUGGUUUAUAAAAUUUUUUCUAAAGUGUUAGCUAACAGGAUUAAGGGUAUUUUGAGCUCUUUAGUUGGGGAAAGCCAAAGUGCUUUUAUACCAGGACGAUCUAUUAUUGAUAACAUCAUUGUUGCCUUCGAGACUCAACAUUUUUUGAGGAGGAAAAAUACUGGAAAGGAGGGUUUUAUUGCCCUUAAACUUGACAUGAGUAAGGCAUAUGAUCGAGUGGACUGGGAUUUUUUGGAAGGAAUUUUGAUUAAAAUGGGAUUUUGCGACCGGUGGGUGCAUAUGGUAAUGGAGUGUGUCAGGACGGUCAACUAUUACAUCCAGUUUGACGGUGAUUUUUUGGGGCCUGUCUAUCCGGGUAGGGGCUUGCGCCAGGGGGACCCCCUAUCCCCCUAUCUAUUUAUUCUUGUUGCUGAGGGGUUGAGUGCUUUGAUUAGAAAAGCGGAACAGAGGGGAAACAUUCACGGAGUGGCGGUCUGUAGAGGGGCCCCACGUGUUUCUCAUUUAUUUUUUGCUGAUGAUAGCUUUUUGUUCUUUAAAGCUUCAGGUCAUGAAUGUAAUGCUGUUAAGGAGAUUUUGCAAGAGUAUGAGGAAACUUCUGGGCAGGCGAUUAAUUUUUCCAAGUCUACGGUAACAUUCAGCCAGAACGUUAUUGACACCUUUAAAAAUUAUUGUUGUACUUUUUUUGGAGUGCCGCAGGAGGGAGGGCAUCAGAAAUAUCUGGGGUUACCGAGUAUUAUUGGGAGAGGAAAAUCAGCUAUUCUUGGCUUCAUUCGAGAGAGAAUUUUUAAUCGAAUUAAAAGCUGGAAUAAUAGAUUUUUAUCUCGGGCAGGGAGGGCUGUGUUGUUGCGGAAUGUGGUGCAAGCUAUGCCUACUUAUGCCAUGAAUGUAUUUCUGUUACCCCGAGAUUUAUGUGAUGAAAUCGAAAAACUUAUGAAUGGGUUCUGGUGGAAAGGCACUAAGUUUGAACAGAGAGGUAUCAGGUGGCGCAGGUGGGAGCUCAUGUGUAAGCCGAAAGGUAUGGGAGGCCUGGGGUUCAGGAAAUUGAGGGAAUUUAACAUUGCCAUGCUGGCAAAGCAAGGAUGGAGGCUUCUUUCAAAUCCGGAGAGCUUGAUGGCG